AGGAAAAGAAUAUACAACUAAAGUAGCAAACGCACCGCCCGUGGAGACCAAAGCGAGAAGAAUACGAAUGCAACACGCGACGUGGGGCACAACUAACAGAUGGUUCCACCAGGAAGACGAUGACCAUGACACACCUGUAACAAAUUCCAUUUCCCAACGAACACACACCCCCACACACACUCUCUGUGUGUAAUCCUAUAUUCAAACCCUAACACACUCAACCACAAUCUUUUGCACAAUCAUGGUGAAGAAGAAACGAGUUCCUGAUUGGCUCAACAGCCCUAUGUGGGCUUCUCCCACAGUUACCACAUCUCCACCGUCCAAAUCACGAUCCCUAUCUCCGCCACCCAACCACCACGAUCGCACCGGUAAAACAUCCUCCGUUACUUCGUCUGAUUCUUCUGUCAAUGAAUCGCGGUUUAUGUUGCCGCCGGCCGCUUCAAUCAGACCGGAAUCGAUUCAGAGAACGGAGGUUAGGGAUUCGUCGACUCGUAGAGGCAGUAGUGAUUAUGAUAAUGAUAGUAGUGGUUCUGUAGUUGAGGAUGUUUCACGCCAGGCUCAGUUGUUGCAAGAGCUCUCGAAGAAGAUUAUAAACUUGGGGGAACUGCGUCAACUUGCUUCAUUGGGUAUUCCGGAUGCUGCUGGCAUCCGUUCAACUACAUGGAAGUUGUUGUUGGGAUAUCUUCCGAUCGAUAAACGCAUGUGGUCUUCAGAAUUGUCAAAGAAGAGGUCGCAAUACAAACAUUUUAAAGAGGAUCUUUUAAUGAAUCCAUCAGAAAUCACAAGGAAGUUAGAAGAUUCUACAUCUCCUAAAAAUGGUGAUCAGAUAAUCGUGGGCAAGGGUUUACUGGCGAGGUCUAAAAUACCUCACGGGGAGCAUCCUUUGAGCCUAGGGAAAACGAGCAUUUGGAACCAAUACUUUCAGGACUCUGAGAUCAUUGAGCAGAUAGACCGUGAUGUGAAGCGAACUCACCCAGACAUACCAUUUUUCUCAGGUGACUCGGCUUUUGCAAAAGCCAACCAGGACUCAUUGAAAAAUAUACUGAUUAUAUUUGCAAAGCUGAACCCGGGGAUAAGAUACGUGCAAGGAAUGAAUGAAAUUUUGGCGCCCUUGUUCUAUGUGUUUAAAACUGACCCUAAUGAGGAUUAUGCUGUUAAUGCAGAAGCCGAUACGUUCUUUUGUUUUGUUGAGUUGUUAAGUGAUUUUCGAGAUAAUUUCUGUCAACAACUUGAUAAUAGUAUUGUUGGUAUCCGUUCAACCAUUUCAAGGCUGUCACAGCUAUUAAAGCAACAUGAUGAAGAGUUAUGGCGACAUCUUGAGGUUACAACCAAAGUCAACCCGCAGUUCUAUGCGUUUAGAUGGAUUACACUCUUGUUGACUCAAGAAUUCAACUUUACUGACAUUCUUCACAUAUGGGAUAUGCUCUUAAGCAACCCAGUGGGUCCUCGAGAGACACUGCUUCGGAUUUGUUGUGCAAUGCUGAUUCUUGUGAGGAGACGUUUACUCGCUGGUGAUUUCACAGCAAAUCUCAAGUUACUACAAAGUUACCCAUCAACGAAUGUUAGUCAUUUACUCUAUGUCGCCAACAAGCUGAAUUCUCAAUCAGCUCACUGAUUUUGUAGGCCUUUUUUUUCCUUUUUGUAUUUUUAGAUCUUAUUCUUGUCGUUAGUUUUUGUGUGAUUCACAGCAUGUAAAAUGUCCUUUGGAAAGUGUAGCAUGCACAGAUAGUUUUUCUGGUUCAUGUGUAUGGAUGAUACCCGAAAAUGUUGUUAUAGGUAUACAAAUGGAGAUUUUGAACAUAUUUUGGUUCUGUUUCAUGGGUUUAUAAAUCUGGAUUUGAACA